UAACAAAAAGUUCUAAAAGAAUGAUAUGAUUGUCUCCAUCUCAUUCGAGAGAAUAUCAUUUUAAUGAUAUUUCUCAAAAUGGUUUUAAUUUGUUUAUUUGUCAGAACUUUUAAUUUAUUUCCAUUAAGUAGGCUAUUGUUUCUACAGAACAUGUUUGGCAUAGACUACUCCAAAUUUAAUUUUCUGAAAUCAUCAUCGUGUGAUGAUCUUAUCUCAAUGAAAUGUCAAUAAGGUUCACUGAUUUGCCAUUUGGCCUUGGAUAUUUUUGUAUAUUUAUGUACGCAGGUCAUUAAAAAGUGUCAUCGAAGGUUUUUACCGCACAGAUUACGUCUCUCUCUCUCGCUCGCUGGCACACACACACACACACACACACACACAAGGAGAGAGAGAGAGGUGUGUAUUUCCCUCUCCCCCUCAGUACUCAGUCUCACUCUACACGUCGUCUCCGUGGUCUUCACCAGCAGUGCUCGCGUGCUCGUUACCAAGACAAUCACGGAUAACGAGGCUCGUCGUUCCGUCCCCGCGUCUCCUGUUACCGGAGUCGCGGGAAUGUCGAAUCCCAGGAAAGAGUUUGACGUGAAACAGAUCUUGCGCAUCCGUUGGCGAUGGUUCGGCCACCCCACGUCUCCUCCUUCUCCCGGUAACCAGCCUUCGGGAGAUCUCUUCAGCAGCCGGGGGACCGGAGGCUCCUCAUCCGGCGGCGAUCAGCCUUCCCUCGGCGGCUGCAGCAACUCCAGCGCCGCCGCCGGUGCCAGUUCGAGUAACGGCAACUCUUCCUCCAACACAAACAACAAUCGAAAGUUUGGAGAUUCGGGUCCAAAUAGCGGGCACUCAGCAGCGACAGCAGCAGCGGCAGCGGUGGUAGUUAGUGCCUCCGCGUGUCCUCGGUCCAUGAGCCAGCAGGAGUGCCGGAGCUCCCCGCCGGCGCCUUGGGUCUUCCCGGCUCACUCGCGCUCCAGCGAGAGCCUGGAGCCGCUCCCGCAGCAGCAGCAGCAGAAGCAGCAGCAGCAGCAGUCCACGCGUGUAAAAGACACCCCUGGCCCUGGAGACGAGGAGAACAACAAUAACGUGGAGUGUGACUCCAGCUCGUGCAGGACAUCUAACAGCAGUGGGACUUUGUCCUCAUGUGCGUCGAUGGAGCCCUGUGUGUCAGAUGAACAUUUCCAGGCACACAGUCAUGCUGAACACACCUUCAGACGCAUGGAGGCUUACCUGAGGACCCGGAAACUCUGUGAUGUUGUCCUUCUUGCUGGAGAACGCAGAAUACCUGCACACAGACUGGUUCUUUCGUCAGUGUCUGAUUACUUUGCGGCCAUGUUCACCAGUGAUGUCCGAGAGGCAAAACAAGAGGAGGUCAAAAUGGAGGGUGUGGAUCCUGAUGCAUUAUGGGUCUUGGUACAGUAUGCUUACACGGGGCGUCUGGAGUUGAGAGAGGACACUAUAGAGAGUUUGUUGUCUGCCUCCUGUCUUCUGCAGCUGUCUGCGGUGGUUCAAGCCUGCUGCAGUUAUCUCAUGAAACAACUCCAUCCUUCCAACUGUCUGGGCAUUCGAUCUUUUGCAGAUGCUCAGGGCUGUCUGGACCUCCAUAAGGUGGCACACAACUUCACCAUGGAGCACUUCAUGGAGGUCAUAAGGCAUCAGGAGUUUCUGCUCCUGCCUGCAUGUGAGGUGGAGAAGCUUUUAGCUUCUGACGACAUGAACGUUCCAGAAGAGGAAACCGUGGUAACAGCUCUCCUUAGCUGGGUCCGCCACGAUGCUCCCUCCCGUCAGUCACAGCUUCCUGCUCUUCUCGCUCACAUCCGCCUACCCCUGCUUAAACCCCAGUUUUUAGCCGAUAUGGAGUCAAAUCCACUGCUAAGAGACAGUGUGGAGUGUCAGCGGCUGGUGAUGGAAGCCAUGAAGUAUCAUUUGUUACCAGAGAGACGGCCGCUUCUCCAGAGUCCGAGGACACGUCCACGCAAGGCCACUGUCGGGGCACUUUUCGCUGUGGGUGGCAUGGAUGCCACAAAAGGGGCCACUAGUAUUGAGCAGUACUGUUUACGGAGGGACACCUGGCGGCAGGUGGCUGUCAUGAGUGGAAGAAGGCUGCAGUUCGGCGUGGCGGUUCUUGACGACCGCCUCUAUGUGGUCGGGGGACGAGAUGGACUCAAGACCCUCAACACAGUAGAGUGUUACAACCCCCGCAGCAAGAGCUGGAGCGUCAUGCCCCCCAUGUCCACACACAGACACGGCCUGGGCGUUGCAGUGUUAGAAGGCCCCAUGUAUGCAGUGGGAGGUCAUGACGGUUGGAGUUAUCUCAGCACGGUGGAGCGCUGGGACCCUCAAGCUCGCCAAUGGAGCUUUGUUGCAUCCAUGGCAACACCUCGAAGCACUGUGGGAGUUGCAGUGUUAAACACCAAGCUAUAUGCUGUGGGCGGCCGGGAUGGAAGUUCAUGUCUGAAAUCAGUGGAGUGUUUCGAUCCUCACACUAACAAAUGGAGCAGCUGCGCUCCCAUGUCUAAGCGCAGAGGCGGUGUUGGUGUAGCGACGUGGAAUGGCUUUCUGUAUGCCAUCGGUGGCCAUGAUGCCCCAGCGUCAAGCUUAGCCUCUCGACUGUCAGACUGCGUCGAAAGGUAUGACCCAAAGACAGACGUGUGGACAGCAGUGGCUCCCAUGAGCCUCAGCAGAGACGCUGUGGGGGUGUGUCUUCUGGGGGACCGUCUGUAUGCUGUCGGUGGUUAUGAUGGUCAGGUGUAUCUGAACACCGUGGAAGCCUACGACCCCCAAACCAAUGAGUGGACACAGGUGGCGCCGUUGUGUUUAGGCCGAGCCGGAGCUUGUGUGGUUGCAGUGAAGCUUUGAAAUGCGUCCUGCUGUCAAUCAUCUCCAUGGUGACCGUCGUACAGUACAAGCCUCCAGUCCAGUGCUCUUGUUGUAGUGUAUCCAGACAGAUCUGAGCAUCUGCUGACCAGAGCAGAGAAAAUCACUUACUGACAUACAGCUGAAUACUCAGCUGUGCUCUUCCUUUAUGUCUUCUAGUAUGUAUUUAUCUAUUAAAAGCAGUUUUUUUUUUUUAUGGCUGUGCACAUCAAGACAGACAUCCUC